AUGGGGGUUGACAACCUCACCUGUACUACUGGAUUCAUCUUGAUGGGACUUUCCAAUGACCGCGAGACACAGAUUCUGCUCUUUGUGCUAAUUCUCUUCAUCUACUCAUUUACCCUUGUGGGGAACCUAGGGAUCAUCUUGUUGGUACAGACAGACUCCCACCUCCACACACCCAUGUAUUUCUUCCUCACACACCUCUCGAGCGUGGAGAUUUGUUAUGUCACCAGCACCAUACCCCAGAUGCUGACUCAUCUCCUACUAGGUCAUGGAGGAGUGUCCUUAAUCCAGUGUGCAUUACAGAUGUAUGUAGCUUUGGCAAUGGGUACGGCGGAAGCAUUUCUGUUGGGUGUCAUGGCUUACGAUCGUUUCUUAGCCAUCUGCCGUCCCCUGAUCUAUGCCACUGCCAUGGGAAGAUGCCGCCAAUUGCAACUUGCUUCAGGCUGUUGGGUAGGUGGCUUUUGUGUCGCUGUUGUAUGUGUCAUCAUCACCUUUAGCCACCCCUUCUGUGGUCCCUGCUGCGUCAACCAUUUUAUCUGUGAGAUACCAAUGGUGUUGAAACUAGCAUGUGAUGACACUCAUACCACAGAAUUCAUCCUUUUUCUGUUUGCAUCCAUGGAUAUCUUGAUACCCUUUUCCGUUAUCUUGAUCUCCUAUGGGCUGAUUUUGCUUUCUGUGUUUCAAAUGCGGUCAGCCACAGGACUGCGCAAGGCCUUCUCUACAUGUGGCUCCCAUUUAGCAGUGGUCACCUUGUUCUACGGUACAACCACCUUUACUUAUAUCAUACCUCAGUCAGAAAGAUCUCCUAGUAAUGAAAAGCAAAUCGCGGUGUUUUAUGUUGUAGUCACCCCCCUUCUAAACCCUAUAAUUUACACCCUGCGGAACAAAGAUGUCCAUGAGGCGAUGGCGAAGUUGCUGCGAAGACUGGGCUUUGCUAAGAAAAGCUGA